AUGCAACGGUCACAGUCUGCAGUUGACUUCACCAACUUGCUGAACCCGUCAGCCCUAGCUGAUCACGACAACUCAAAAUUUGAGAAGACUGACGCCGCAAUGGCAAGCGCAUCAGUCACUGUAAUCAAGCCCAACGGGCCCCUGCCUGGUGCUCAGGCUUCAGAGACGACAAACGAGCUUCCUCGCCCUUAUAAAUGUCCCCUCUGUGACAAGGCUUUCCACCGCCUCGAGCACCAGACGAGACACAUCCGCACUCACACAGGCGAGAAGCCUCAUGCUUGCCAGUUCCCUGGGUGCAGCAAGAAGUUUUCUCGAUCUGAUGAGUUGACUCGCCAUUCCAGAAUCCACAACAACCCCAACUCGCGCCGUGGCAACAAGGGCCAGCAUCACCAGCAGCAUCACCAGCAGCACCACCAGCAGCACCACCACCAAGGACUACCUCCACACAUGCACCCUGAGGGCAUGAUGGCUCCUCCUCCGGCACCCAAGACGAUUCGCUCUGCUCCUACUUCGACUCUAGCGUCGCCCAACGUCUCACCUCCGCACUCCUUCGCGUCCUUUGCCCAGCAUCCUCACCCACCACCCAUGCACGCAUACAACCGUGGUGGUGACAUUUCCAUGUUGGCCAAAGCCGCAACCCAAGUUGAGCGUGAGACUCUAGCUGCCCCUCCCAGCCAUGGAUCCCGACACUUUUAUGGUCAUGGCAUGCAUAGUUCUCGUGGUCACUCCAACGGCCUGUCCUCUUACCACAUGGCUCGGUCUCACUCCAACGACGAUCACGACGACCACUACAACGGUGCGAUGCGCCAUGCUAAGCGCUCAAGGCCAAACUCUCCCAACUCAACAGCACCCUCGUCACCCACGUUCUCACAUGAUUCUCUUUCACCUACCCCGGACCACACUCCCAUCGCAACUCCUGCUCACUCGCCUCGCCUCAGACCCUUCUCAGGCUACGAGCUCCCUAGUAUCCGGAAUCUGUCUCUUCAGCACAACACGACUCCCGCUCUGGCUCCUAUGGAGCCGCACCUGGAUGCUCCGCAAUUUCCUCCUCAGCUGAAUCCUCCUCGUGGUAACGGAAUGUCCCUUACGGACAUCAUCAGCCGCCCGGAUGGUGCGCAGCGAAAACUCCCUGUUCCACAGGUUCCCAAGGUUGCUGUUCAGGACCUGCUCUCAGAGAAUGGAUACAGCAACAGUGGCAGAAGUUCUGCUGCUGGCAGCCUUGCUGGCGGCGAUCUAAUGGACCGCGUAUAG